CUACGACUGAAUUAACACUUAUGAUAUUGUUACACUGUUUUUGCAAUAGUUGUUAGUUGUUAGUUUGUGUUUAACUCUGUGUGUUGUUAGCGCUGAAGUACUGUAACUUUUGUUAGCUAACGCUAUCGUCAUGUAUUUACAGUAAAUGUCAGCGUUAACAGCAGCUGAUUUAUUACUCAUCACACAUGGCAAAAUAGCUGUCAAAUGUGUUUUACAGGUGUAUCUUGUUAACACUGAUCCAAAAUACUGCAUAAUUUGACUCUUUUCAUUGCUGCAGCUCUACUUACUACGGUACAUUUUAAUCGGGUAAAUACUACAGUAUUCAGUCUUAAAACUUUUGUUUUGCUAUCUUCUAUUAUACUUUUGUUAUUAUUUUAUGGCUAAAGAUGUUACCCAUCUGCUUUUCAGUCUGUCUAUUCAUGUAAUAGAAAAGUUGUUACCUAGUCAUUACAAAUCCCAAUGAAUGUAAACAUGAAAUAAAGUGAGUUCACUCACAUUGACAGGGCAAUACAUAAUCAAUCUUCCUGCCCACCUGCCCCUCUGUUUGUUUGUUUGUCUGCCUGUCUGAUCAUGUAAUAUAACAUGUGUUACCUAUACAAAUCCUGGUUAACGUGAAUGAAUGAAAUGAAUAACUCUGCUAAUAUAACAUAUGAUGAUUUGUGCACUUCUUAAUAUAUAUUUUGCAUUGUGUUUUGCUGUGUGCAGGAGAUAAUGAAGAAAACCAUAUUCUUCCCAGGAAAGAUGAGAGUGUCUUUCAGGAAGGGUCCAUCUGGCCACCUGAGACAGGACCCUUCAGAGGAGGGUAUGAUAAUUAAAAAAAAUCCUUCCCUUCAGGACAAGUCUGGCGCUCAGAAGCAUGAGCAUGUGAGGACAAAUGCUCUCACUGAGGUCCUUCAGAGGGGAGGGGAUGUAUCCGACCGACUCGAGGUGAUGGGGGAGUACGUGCUACAGUUCGGAAAAUAUAAGGGGAAACUGUACUGGUGGCUCCUAGAGAAUGACGUCGGCUACACCCUCUACUUGAUGGACAAGGUGGACGAGGAGGAGAGAGGUGGGACCUUCAACCCCCAAGGGCCUAGCAAGGACAGCCUGCUGUCGUUUCUGGACUACGCCAGGAGCUUCCAGGAAAUUGAGGAUCUGAGGAAGUACCUGUGCUCCAGGAAGCCUGCCCCACCAGUGGCGUCAGAGGGGGAACAUACUGUCGGCUUUGGAGCCAGAGCCAAAGACACCUGGAAGCAGAUCUGGGAUAGCAGGUCUGAUGGUUAUGCUGCCUUUGUUUUAGGAGUGAAGUGCAUCACUAACAGCAAGAUGUACAACCUUCAGCAGUAUAUCCUCAAGCAGCAGAGGGCUGAGUCCUGUCCACCACCGGCUGAAGGCUGCAUUGCAUCAGCUACCUCCACUCUGACAUCCAGCACUCCAGUGAUGGAGGAGGACGAGGAGCUGGAGAGGGCGAUGUUGAAUCUGUCUCCUUCAAAACUCUACACUGAACGAAGGCCACCAGCAGCAGGCUCCAGAGCCCCGGCUGUGUCCACACCAACAGGAAUUAACAUGUCAGCAAUGAUGCCCACAGGACUUAUCCAACUGCCACUGCCACUGUGUCCAGACCCGAUGGACCUGCUCCUCUGAAAGGUUAUUGGGUUUUUAUACUCCUCACUUGGAUCCAUCUUGAAUCUUUUUCAUACAUAUUAUGUAUAUAUACCCUCAUGUUUGUUUCCGCCUU